AGCCCGAAGUCAGCUAAAGGGCUAAUGAUAACUAUCAAAACGCCUCUCUGUGAUGUUAGCGACAGGGCCGUGUGGUGUCUAUCCUCUUGCAAGAAUAAUCAUGGCAUCAAUGAACUCCUGAAUGAAUCUCUUGAAUCGUACUGGCAGUCUGAUGGACCCCAACCACACACGGUCACUAUUCAAUUUCCACAGAAGACGGUGAUUUCAGAAAUCUGUCUGUACAAUGACUACCGAGUAGACGAGAGCUACACCCCUAGCCGAAUGGCAAUCAGAGUAGGUAAUCACAUUGGUGAUCUCGUUGAACUAACCGAGGUUGAACUUCAUGAACCCUCUGGAUGGUCGGCUCUCCCAUUGCAUUGGCCUAAUGGAGCACCAGUGAGCCUGUUCACCCUGCAAAUACGUAUCCUCGCCAAUCAUCAAAAUGGUCGAGACACUCACUUGCGAGCUGUCCGCCUCUUUGCACCCUGUGUGCCUUCUGGUAUUGAUGCUGCUCUUUCCCAGAAUCUUUUUUCGAACCCCUAUUCUGUUCAAGCUCGAUCCCAAUCUACCAUUCGAUGA